AAGGGGCCAGUACCUGGCCUGUGCAUAUAGGCAGGUACGCAUCAAAACCGUACGACGACCUACAUGUGCGACGAAUGUGACCGCGCCUUUAAGUACUUACCACAAGCUUAAGAAGUCAAGUCAAGAUGGACGAGAAGACUGGGAGUAUACUCGGGACCCUUCGGGACUACGGAGAGAACACCUCGGCGCACGGCAUCCCUCGGGCCGUCACCACCACCUCGGUCCCCCGCCGGCUGUUCUGGACCUGCCUGUUCCUCGCCUCCUUCAGCUACUUCUGUAGCCAGGCCUACGACCUGGUGAACAAGUACAUAGACUACCCCGUCACCACGGAUAUAAAGAUCCAGUGGUCCGAGCUGGAGUUUCCGGCUGUAACCGUCUGUAACGCCAACCCGCUUCGGUUCUCCAUGCUUCAGAGGCUCGGAGACGAGGCGGGCCUGGGUUUUCAGAACGCCGGGUUUAUUCCGAGACAAGCCCAAAACGCGCAGAGCAACAUUAACAGGGGCGAGAUGCCAAUUUUCAAUGGGAGACCAAACCAACAGGCGCAGGCGACAACGACACCAACAACAGCGGUGCCAACAACAACGACGGAAGAAACGACGACGCCUGGCUACAGUUCAACGGCAGAUUACGAAGACUACGACUACGACUAUGACGACCCUCACGAGGACUUCAGGACAGUCAACACUUUCGUGGGACUCAUCGCCAACCUCAACACCUCAACUCGCCAGGCCAUUGGUCACCAAGCACGUGACUUCAUCCAGGAAUGCCAGUUCAACGGGAAGGCGUGCUCACCGAAGAAUUUUUCGGUGUUUACGGACCCCACGUACGGAAACUGCUUCACCUUUAACAAGGCCAGCAGCAACGCAACUCCACACAGUGCCACAAGUGCCGGACCCUUAAAUGGCCUUUCCCUGAUCCUGUACAUAGAGCAGGAGGAGUAUAUCCCCUCCCUAACGGAGAAAGCCGGGGCGCGAGUAGUCGUGCACUCCCCCAGCAGGUGGCCGUUUCCGGAGUUCGAAGGGUUCGACGCGGCCCCGGGUUUUCUCACCUCGGCUGGACUCAGACUGACCUCCAUCACUCGUCUAGGUGAACGGUACAGCGAGUGCACAGACGGGGAAGGCUACGAGCUUCUGUACCCGGGGACUUAUACUCAAACUAACUGCCUGGUCACCUGCUACCAGGGGCACAUGGUCAGUGAGUGCGGCUGUGCGGAUCCCAGUCAGAAGGUUCCGGACAACACGACCAUCUGCGCCGUUACUUCCACCAACGUGGCGUGUAAGGAGAGAGUGACUCGGCAAAUCGCGACUGGCGUGCUGUCGUGUGCGUGUCCAGCAAGCUGCUCGGACAAGGUGUACGGAAAGGCGAUAGGACUAUCGGAGUGGCCUGCCGACUCCUAUUUGUCGAAGCUGCUGGGCAAGCUUGGGACCAAAAGAGCCGGACGCGGUCCGGGAGCAGCCGUUUUGGCAGAUACCGACCGGUUCAGGAGAAAUCUGUUAAAACUGAACAUCUACUAUGAAGCCCUGAACUAUGAACAAAUCAGCGAGUCUCCCGGAUAUGAGGUGGAGAAUUUACUGGGUGACCUGGGUGGUCAGCUGGGCCUGUGGGUCGGCAUGUCCCUCCUCUCAGCUAUGGAAGUAGUGGAGAUCUUCGCCGAUCUUUUCGCCAUUCUUUGCAAGAAGAUUUCCUCCAAGGAGAUGAAGAGUUCUAAUAAGAAGGUCGAGGUCGCUCCAAUCCACAAGAAAAGUGUCUUCGAAUUAGAAAACCCCGCCUUGACCGCCAACGGAAAAACGUAG